GAAGGAGGCAUCAGUGAGAAUCUGAGAAAGUCACCUGAGACCAGAAGCCCACGCCUCCACCUGCGACACCAUGAGUGAAUCGUGCUGCUCCCCGUGCUGCCAGCCCACGUGCUGCAGGACCACCUGCUGCAGGACCACCUGCUGCCAGCCCAGCUGCUGUGGAUCCAGCUGCUGCGAGCCUUGCUGCUGCCGCCCAACGUGCUGUCAGACCACCUGCUGCAGGACCACGUGCUGCAAGCCCGCAUGCUGUGUGUCCAGCUGCUGCCAGCCCAGCUGCUGUGGGUCCAGUGGCUGCGGGUCCAGCUGCUGCGAGCCUUGCUGCAGCCGCCCAACGUGCUGUCAGACCACCUGCUGCAGGACCACGUGCUGCAAGCCCGCAUGCUGUGUGUCCAGCUGCUGCCAGCCUAGCUGCUGUGGGUCCAGUGGCUGCGGGUCCAGCUGCUGCGAGCCUUGCUGCAGCCGCCCAACGUGCUGUCAGACCACCUGCUGCAGGACCACGUGCUGCAAGCCCGCAUGCUGUGUGUCCAGCUGCUGCCAGCCUAGCUGCUGUGGGUCCAGUGGCUGCGGGUCCAGCUGCUGCCAGCCUUGCUGCUGCCGCCCAACGUGCUGUCAGACCACCUGCUGCAGGACCACCUGCUGCAAGCCCACAUGCUGUGUGUCCAGCUGCUGCCAGCCUUGCUGCCGCCCCAGUUGCUGCUGCACACCCUGCUCCCAGCCAGCUUGCUGCACCCCCGUUAUCUGCAGGAGAACCUGCUACCAGCCCACCUGCUGCUGCCUGCCCGGGUGCCUAGCCCAAGGCUGUGGAUCCAGCUGCUGCCAGCCUUGCUGCUGCUGAGCAACUUGUUAUACACUCAGCACUCACCGGAAUGUAUAUCCUACGCCAGUUUGCCAAAGUUCCUGUCUUACAAGAAGUUGCUCCCUCGGCUUUCCUGGGGACACACACAUGCUUACACUGCCCCUGUCAUCUUUCUCAGCAAUGCUUAUGAGUCUAUGGACGGAAUGCAAUCUACUUCAAUUUGAUUGUAUUCUAGUGUCUCUGGUUUACUGUAGCAAUUGCUGAGCCACUCCAUUUGGUCAACCCCAGACGCUGGUCCACAUCCAUUGAUUCACACUCUCAGUCUCCGGAAAGUGAUCAUCACCUUUCACUUCUACAGCAUGUAAACACAUUCUUAUGAGUGCAUAUUAGCUCUCCGCAGUGAUCAGUACUGAUCAUCUUUUUAGAUAGAUGCAUUAUAGUUAGUAAGUCCUGCCAGGUUACUAAGCUCUUUGCAAUGGCUUUGAACUUUCUUCCUUCCGUUCUUUCCUAAUAAAAUCUGUGUCAUCCUGCA